AACUCAAUCAAAACCCUAGGCGACCGUAUCGGAUCGGAGUAGUAGCAGAUUCGUCGUUCUCAGCAGCAACUCGACAAUGGCGGACGUGGAGGUUGAUGUGGCCGCAGCCGGAGUGCCGAAGAAGAGGACGUUYAAGAAGUUCAGUUUCAGAGGAGUUGAUUUGGAUGCUCUUCUUGAUAUGUCCACCGAUGAGCUUGUAAAGCUCUUCACUGCUCGUGCUCGCAGAAGGUUUCAAAGAGGUUUGAAGAGGAAGCCCAUGGCUCUGAUUAAGAAGCUCCGCAAAGCUAAACGUGAAGCACCUGCAGGUGAAAAGCCAGAGCUUGUGAAGACCCACCUGAGGAAUAUGAUCAUUGUUCCAGAAAUGAUCGGAAGCGUUAUUGGUGUUUACAACGGCAAGACUUUCAAUCAGAUUGAAAUCAAGCCUGAGAUGAUUGGCCACUACCUUGCCGAAUUCUCAAUUUCAUACAAGCCUGUCAAGCACGGUAGGCCUGGUAUCGGUGCCACCCACUCUUCAAGGUUUAUCCCAUUGAAGUGAGAUCUCAUCGCAUUUGAGUAUUUUGGUAAACCAUUGUAUGUUUCAAAGAUCUGCUUUUUGAAUAUUUGUUUUUGUUUAAGUACUACAUUUUAUUAAGUUGAAGUUUUGGAGUUAGGUUUAUGCAUCGACAUUUUUAUGAUUUAUUUAAUCCUUACGUUUUAAAAUUU